AUAGAAUUCGUCAUUAUCUAUGUAUGUCUCAUUUUGGAGGCUGAGUCAGAGUAAUAGCAAAAAGACAGCAGAGUGAAAUGAAGCCACUGGCUUUGCCUCUGCCUCUUCGUCCCAUCUCCAUUUUCCCAAACCCAUCAUACCCUCUCUUCUUCUAUCAACCAAAACCUCUUCCCCAAACCCGUGUCUUUCGCGUCUUAUACUCUUCUCUCCAAUCCAAACCAGUUAAAGUCGAAGAUGCUGCUUCAAGUUCAAAGCCAGAAUACAAGCCCGGAUUCCUAGAUCACUUGUUUCUCAAUUUGUUCCGUAAUAAAUUAGUCCAGGAGGUUGGAUGGGAUUCAGAGAAGCCAGGGUAUGAUGGACUAAUUGAAGUCGCAAAUCGACUUAUGAUGAAGGGCAGAACCAAUUCUGAUACCAGAGAAGCAACGGUACGAAUAUUAGUGUCGUUGUUUCCUCCAUUUCUGUUGGAGCUUUAUCGAAUACUCAUAACACCAAUAGGAGGAGGAAAAGUAGCUGCAAUGAUGGUGGCAAGGGUGACUGCACUCACUUGUCAAUGGCUCAUGGGCACAUGCACCGUUAAUUCUGUUGAUCUACCCGAUGGAACCUCCUGCAGAAGUGGGGUGUUUGUAAACAAAUGCAAGUAUUUAGAGGAAAGCAAAUGUGUUGGGAUCUGUAUCAAUACUUGUAAGCUUCCAACACAGAAUUUCUUCAAGGAUUACAUGGGAAUUCCUUUACUAAUGGAGCCAAACUUUAGUGAUUAUACCUGUCAGUUUAAAUUUGGGAUUCUUCCUCCAUUGGCUGAAGAUGAUAUCGCCCUCAAGGAGCCUUGCUUAGAGAUAUGCCCAGAUGCCACUCGACGAAGAGAGGUCACCAGAGCCAUGAAUGUACCACAAUGCCCAAAAGCCUAAAUACGAACUGAGUUACACUAUCCAACUCCCACCACCAUGGACAUUUGUAGUUUUACUUUGGGGUGUAGUACAAAACACUUGAAGAAUCUCAAACUGCUAAUCAUGUCAAAUUUGGAUGUCA